AUGACGAUCUACCAUGAUGGAUCGAUGACCAGCAUGAUGGCUUCUCAUGUGAGCGAUAAGAUACUAUGGCUAUGCCUUGGUGUCUCUCUUUUCUUUGCCGUCCGAGGGAUUGCGGCCGACCUCCGCAGCGUGAACGAGUUGACUGAGAUUAAGAAUGACGACAGUGAUGACAAGAUUAUCAGUGAAGGCACAGAAGACGCCCUCAGACUAGACACGCUAUUGAAACUCUCCAACAGCACAAGCUACGACCUUCGUUCUGCUGCACUGCGCAUAAUCGCCGAGCGAUCUGUCAAGGCAGAUACUCGAAAUUUAUUGCUGAAGGAUUUAGCAAGCAAGAACGCCGAACGACGAAACAAAGCGAUCCCUGCGGCGUUCUUCCUGGUAUCAAAUCGAGCCCUUUCUCGUACAUCGGUAUGCUCUCGAUUGAAGGAUUUCCCAACAUACACAGCCUUGGUUGACUGCCUUUGCAAUCUCCUCGGCGAGCAUGUUGAAAAGACCUCGGACACGGUCUCCCCGAUAUUCCCUAGGACACGACCCCCUGGGGAAAUAAAAGCUAUGAGAACGCUGAAUAUACUUCUUCAAGAGAACACUCCAGCAGCGCUGGAGGCCGGCAUCGUCAGCCGGUGGCUCACCAACUAUCCAUUUCCCUGUGCUCUAACUGAACCCUCACGGCGACAGGAUGUGGUGAUCCUCAUGAAAACAUGGUGGGCUGACGAUGCUGUGAUGAGCGCCAUCUUUGGUACCCUUUCAUCCCAUCCCGAAGGUGCUAAGCAGCUUCGAAAAUAUGGGUUGAUGGGCAGCAUGCUGGAAGAAAACGACCACGAUGGACUUAGCGACGACAAUGACGACGAAGACGAAGAAAGCGAUGUGUGGAUGGUAGAUGGAGAAGAUACUGCGGGUUCUAGACGGAUCCCUGCACGGCGGCAUCGAGACCGCAAUAUCGAAGAGCAAGCUUUGAGAAGGCGCAGGAGGGAAGCCAUGGUGUUGAGUGACGGAAGGCGCCCGAUAGGGAAUGAUGAUAUUAUACAAUUUCCGAUCGCUAAUUGA